CACGAACACACAACAAAGCCCUCCGAGCCGCUGAUCCAACACUAAUCAUCCCAAGAGCAAAGGACGUGACUGCGCAGAAGUUCAUGUGGCCCAUGAAGAGUAAUGUCCGAUCCCUACAGUCAGCAAGCUUUUGGACAGCCGACCUUCACCGACGCACAUGUGAAUGGGAGUUCCUCUGGACCUGAUAUGUUCGAUGUCAUCGACGCAUCCAAUCUCUACCACGACCACGACCACGCCUAUCGACCUGGCAGCCAACAUCUGCAGCAACUGCACAUACAAACUCAUGAUGAGUUUGCGCAAAGCCAACAUCUUGCGUAUGCCUUGCAAGAGAGCAGUCCAUCGGUUGCAGGCCUUCAGUACACCUCACCAACGGUGCCAAACAUGAGAAGCCACUUAUCGCACCAUUACGAGCCGGAUAGCGCAAUAAAUCUCGGAUUGGAUGAUCUUCAAAGGUUAUCCACAGCCGCGCACGGUUACAACAUUAACACCUAUCGCACGCCAUACCCUGCCAGCAAUGCGACAUCCACCUCAUCAGCCACGUCUCCUGACCCCACAAAUGCUACUCUGCUCACUGAUCCAGUGGUUGUAGAAGCAGAAGAAGACAAAAGAAAGCGCAACCAAGCUGCUUCGGCUCGUUUCCGUCAGAAGAAGAAACAGCGUGAGCAACACCUCAUGGAGAAAACCCACGAGAUGCAGGAGCGGACGAAGCAGCUUGAGGCAGAAAAUGAAGGGCUUAAGAAGGAAAAUUCGUUUUUGAAGAAGCUGUUAGUGGAAAAGGUUGAUCAUAUGAGUGACGAGGAUCGGGAGUCGUUAAGGAAAGCCGCUGGAGAAGUGUUGGAUAAGGUGGCUGGGAAAGCGGGUUGAGCUGUUAGUUCUCUUGCACAUCCGCUGAAUUUUGGUUUCUCAUUCCUGGUUGAGAGGCAGGACUGAGACUUAUGACGGAGAUGAAUGAGCAUGGCUGAUGUUUCGCAGGGGAAGGUGCACCGGAGUUUACGCAGUCUGGAGUCACUUUUUCAAUAAUUUCUUGUCUCAGGGUGGUAGUCAUUUACAUCCACGUAACAAAGGAUGACUUGCGGCUUAAUUCUGUCUCAGGGGUCGUAAAUACGGCUGUUG